CGCCGAGAGCCCGAGACGGGAUGAGGUGAGUGCUAGCCGCUAGAGUAGAAACCGAAAGCCGCGCUGGGCAGCGAGAAUCAGCAGUAGCAGGUCGUCGUCGUACUCCAGCGAGAACGGCAAAACAAAACAAAACAAACAGCCCCGUUGCGUUUUCCCCCCAACCUCCGCCGCCUCCUCCUCCUCCUCGCACAGCACACAAAUCGGUUUGCUCGUCCAGCUCCGCCUCUCCCCCCCUCUCGGCGGUGGAUGCGCGGCUGCUCCGUCGCUGCACCGCCCGUACCUGGGCUCCAGGACCGCGCCGACGACGAGCAUGGCGAGCGUCGGCCGCAGCAGAUCGCGGCGCAGGGGAGAGGGCGGCAGGCCGUUCGACCGGAACGCCGCACAUUACGCUGCCCCCGCCGUCGAUCACUAUGGGGCUGGGUCGUUGAGGAAGCAAGCAAGUAACUCUGGGAUAUUUUCUGAUACUAUGUUAGGAAUACCGGCCAGCAGUGUACCAAUGAAAAAGCUAAUAGAUGAAGAAUUCUCAAAAGAUGUCAAUGCUCGCCACACUUCACCAGGCGCUGUAGGAAGACUAAUGGGUCUUGAUUCACUCCCUUCAUUUAGGACCCAUAACCAGCACAGAUAUAGCAGAAGUCAUGCACCUAGCACUUCAGCUUCUAUUUCUCACCAUAGAUAUGUUCCGCAGAGGAGAAGCACUGAUGAGGUACCGGAGGUCAAAGAUGUUUUUGAGGUUAUGGAUGUGACAAGAAUAAAGGUGCACCGGAGCCCAGGACCUAGAAAUAGAAAUGUAACUUCCAAGUUUGAUACGACUGACAAUGCUGAUCUAGAUUUCGUAAGGCAAAAAUUUAUGGAUGCAAAAUGUCUUUCUACAAAUGGAUCCUUUCAGAUGUCAGAAGAGUUGAAUGAGACACUUGAUGCAUUGGCAUCUAAUAAGGAACUUCUCUUGGAAUUUCUUCAAAAACUAGAUCCUGUAGUCAGAAGGGACCUGCAAGAUCAGGAUUGCCCCUCUAAUGCAAACUGCAUUACAGUAUUGAAGCCAUCUAGAAGAAAUCAAGUUAUUGACACAGACAAUUCUUAUCCACAAGAUCAGGGUACAGUGAAACACUCUACGAGGAAACCACAUGCUAAGUUGUCAAGUCGAUCCCCAAAAGAAGACUCAGGUUCAACAAGGCAGAAACUGUCAAGGUCAAGUCAUCAGGAAAUCAGUGACAAACGAGCUUGCCCCACAAGGAUAGUUGUCCUGAAGCCAAGCCUGGAGAAAGGUGAGGACAUCGAAGGAUCGUUUGCCCUAACACAUGAAUUCCCUCAUUCUGUUUACAGAAGGCAGACAACAUGUCAGGAUGCUGGUACAUGGAGUCCAUAUACGGAAGAAUCCAUGUGUCAGGUGUCCCUUGGUGAUCCUGAAACACUAGGGCAUAGAAUGAAGGGAUCUAGGGAAAUUGCUAGAGAGAUAACAAAACAAAUGAGAGCUGCUAGGAGAAGUGGUAACAGGAAACAGGUCCCCGAGCCAGAUACCAGCACAAAUGUGUCAGAUGAAAGGUCACAGUUAGUGUCAUCUCGUACUAAGGUAAAGACUUCAGAUACAUUCCAUAGGUCCUCUGAACUAUGUGAUGGUUGGGCUUCUUCCAGCUCCCACUCUUCGCCAGCACGAGCAACUGAAACAUCAGUCAGCAAGGAAGCAAAGAGACACCUCUCUAGCAGAUGGAAGAUGGCCCAUCAAUAUCAGCAUCAAGCACCCGAGAAUAGUGGCUUUGGUGUGCUUGAAGACAUGUUCGCUCUCUCUGACCAGGAAGCAUCAAAAGUUGCUACCGAAACAAUGCCAUACCUGAAAUGUCCAAAGGGAGAAUUGCAGAGAGAUAGGAUUCCAGGCUCGUGUAACAAUCCUCUUGGCAUUAGCAGCAAGGAUGGUUGGAGAGGUGUGACACCAAGUAAUUUAACAAAGUCCAAAUCUCUUCCAUCAUCCUCUAACCUGGGAGCUCAAAAGUCAAGCAGCAGAAAAAGAAGCAGUAGGAGAAAUGAGUUUUCUAUGCUUAAAGAUGUUCUCAGAGUAGGACCCCAUGAUUCUGAGUAUACAUGCCGCAGCAGACAAAAAAAAUCGACAGUUAGAGGUUCCACAAUUCAUGUUGAUGAUGCUGAUCAAGUGUCCCCAGAUAACAAGGAAAGAAUAAUGGUUGAACGUCAGAUAGAUGUGAGCUCUCUGAAACCAAGUAAUGUUAUUGACAUGCCAGAUUCAUCUGAACAAAAUGAGUUAGAUGCAUUGUAUCAUCUGCAUACCAGUUCUGUAGUUCUUGAACAGAAGAAAGAACCAUUUUCUCCUGCUAAACUAAAGCAGCAAUCGCCUCAACAGCCACUGACAGCAUUAGAUUGCCACCUUCUUGUACCUAGUCUUGACAAUCUGGUAACUCAGGCCGAGGGAAUGGAAAAUCAUCAGGGUGAUGAUUACUCAGCUCCAUGUAAUCCAGCAACAGGAUCGGAAUCUUCUGUGGGGGCUGACCACCAUCCUGGCGCUGGCAAUCAAGAUCAAUCCUCGUGGGUUCCCCCAGCAGGAUCAGAAUCUCCAGUGAGCUCCAAUAAUAAUGAUGACCAGCCAAGUCCUGUGUCUGUUCUUGAAUCUUCCUUGGAUACUGAAGAAGUUUACUCAGGAGAUUUCGAUAAAAUUAGUGCAGAUCUUCAAGGACUAAGAGUGCAACUUCAGCUUCUCAAGAUGGACACUACAGAUAAUGCAGAUGGCACCAAUGUUUUCAUAGUGAGCGAUGACGAGAAUACCUUUGCAAGUCAGCCACUUCCUGAAAUGGAGAUAUCUCAUGCUUUUAGGGAUGAUGAAGAAAGGGAUUUCUCUUAUGUGCUUGAUAUGCUCAUUUUAUUGGGCAUUAAUGCUGCUGACCAGGAUGUGCUACUUGACACGUGCUACUUUUCAGAAUGUCCUGCCAGCCCUGAUUUAUAUGAUAUACUCGAGGAUAAGUACAACAACCUCAUUCUAUGGCCAUCGUCUGAGAGGAAGCUUCUGUUUGAUCUCACAAAUGCCGUCAUUGCAGAUGUAAUGACCUCUCUGGUCCAUCAUGGGGCAAAGAGAUUAUUGCAGGGGUUUUCAUCCAUAUGGGAUCAGGAAGGGUUUGUUGUGGAUGUGUGGCAAAGGGUUGUCCAGUUACGGCAAGAAAUGGACCGUGCUCAGGAAGACCUAUCGGUGCACAUAGAGUGGCUUGGUUCAGAAGACGGCAUCGAUCUUGUCGGGAGUGAAAUCGGGAGAAUGUUGCAUGAGGAUCUCCUGGAGGAAACCAUAGCCGAGUUCCUGGGGUUAACAUAGUCUGGCAAGUGCUAUGUGGCUAUAAUGUACCAUAAUUUACAUCUUUCGCCAUCUAAGCAUAGGGAUGGAUUGGUGGUUGAUGCUUACUGAAAGAUGCUGAGAAAUGGUUAAAAAGAACUUCAGGAGACACUCCUUGGGUACUGAAAAGUGGCAACUGAGAUGGCUGUGGCUGUAGCUAUUGUAGUAUAGGAAUAAAUUUAGGUGGAACCUUCUUGUAACUAUUGGUUUUAAUACCCAACAUCUUCUUUUUUUCCCUAUGCCCCUCUCAACUAGAUAAAAGGGUAGAUUUCCGGUUGCAUGAUGUUGGAGCAUAGACGUGAAAUUUUGGUAUGAACAUAUUAUCCUACCUUGGUAUUUUUUUACUGUGCAUUACAUGGAA